CUCAUUUUCACCAGCCCCCCCCCCAAGCUUCGUCACCGCGCCUGGACCUCCUCUAAAGCAACAAGCCUCCUGCAGCAUAAGAACGAGCAACCACGGAAGCUACCAUGGACGCCUCCAACAUCGACCAGGCCGACCUCGACAGGCUCACCGACAAGGACAAGCAGGAGCUGCGCCAGUUCAUCCAGAACGAGCAGCAGCGCACCCGCAUCCAGGCCCAAUCCCAUGAUCUGACAGAGACCUGCUUCAAGAAGUGCGUCACCGGUUCGUUCAAGAACGGUCAGCUGGACAAGGGGGAGCAGGCGUGCCUCACGAACUGUGUGGACCGGUUCAUGGACGUCAGCUUGCUGGCCGUGAAGCACCUGCAAAGCAUGCGCCAGGGCUAGGGAGGGCAUUGGCGAGGAAAUUUCGUCGGCACACUGCGACAGUGACGCAAUGCCGGUCAAGCUACAAAUCAUACAUGGGGACAUGGACAAUGCUGGGAACGGCGCCGGACAUUGAAAUCACGGGCUGUCAGCCACACCAAUAGCUACAGGUGUUGUACUUGUACUUGUGUUUUAAUGCGCAGGCAGAGCAUCACUUGAGUUCAGGAAAACAUUCAGGCAGCAUGCAUGUAGAGGCGCACGGUCAUGGGAGGACAUGGACGUGUCAAUU